AUGGAGCAAGGUGAUGAUGGUGGAAAAAGAGGUGAGAUGAAUAGGCAACUUCAUCCUCAUCCUCAGCCGCCUCAAGAGUGUCCUAGGUGUCAAUCAUUCAACACCAAGUUCUGUUACUUCAAUAAUUACAGUCUAAACCAACCGAGGUACUUCUGUAAAUCAUGCAGAAGGUACUGGACUCAAGGUGGAACAUUGAGAAAUGUUCCAGUUGGUGGCGGUAGUCGUAAGGGAAAGAGAGCUAAGAACUCACCUUCGACUUCCACAAGUAAUUCCUCUGGGAAUUCUUCUGUGUCUCAGCCAAUGCUGCCACAGCCGACUAUUCAGUCUACUAUGGCUGCUAUGGCUAAAGACUCUGCUUUGAGUUUGACUUCAUUUUCCUCUGCUGCUCCUUUUUAUCAAGGUGGUGGUGGGGUUGGUUACAUGUCGUCUUUUGCGGCAUUUAACCAGUCUCUGAAUCCAAAUCUAUCAGCACACAAUUUUGAUCACCCGUCUCUGAACCUCGGUGGUGUUGGUUCUUCAAAUUUAAGUCUUUUACAAGGCUUUAAUGUUGCUGCUGCUCUUGGAAAUUCAUCACAAGGGCCAAAUCGUCCAUCAAUGCAACAGUACUAUCAAAUGGCAGGUAAUGGAGGAAUGUUCACCUCACAACAACAAGGUUUGAACUUGAUUCCCUCAUCUACCACGUCAAAUGCUAGUGUUGCUGCUGCUUCUAACAUCUGGCCACAAAGUUUCAUGAAUGGUACUCUCAGCACCACUUCCAUUCCUAGUGGUAAUUCUGAUAGGAAUGGUAGUGGUGCUGGCGGUAGUGGUAGCAGUGUUGCUGGUGCUGGUUCUCCUGCUUUGACUCCAAAUCAAUGGCCGGAUCUGGCCGGAUUCAACUCUCCUCAGUGAUCUUAUUGCACCUAGAGAAUCCGGGGAUGGAAGACAUAGCUCUGAGCAAUUUAUUUGUUUUGUUUCAUUUUUCUUUAGUUAUUUAUGUUAUAAGUUCAAUAAAUUUAAGUUAUAAGUUCUUUAAGUUGUUUUGAAAUAUGACAGUUAUUAUUAUGAAAUAAUAUUUGUGAUUUUGUUUUUGUUA